GACAAAGAAAGCGCAGCCCUUGAGCACACCACGGAAGAGUAUAUCCAGCUUGGACCAGUCGUUGGUCAGCGAGAUGGACGCGUUGAUCAGCGCGACGUCUGGCGGCGUGGCUGCGGUGUGUUCGUGCGUGGCGUUGUACCCCGUGGACGUGAUCCUGGUGCGGUACCAGACGCGGCUCAAGGAAGUGGGAGGCCGCAGCGGGGAGAUAUUCGAUGUCGUGAGGGACGCUCUGCAAAGGGGGGCGCCCUCGCUCUACAGGGGAGUCGACAUCAAGAUGCUCGAGGCACUCGUCCGCAACUUCGUGUACUUCUACUGGUAGAUAGAUACGCACACACACAAACACACACAUGGAUACGGAGAGGACAGACUCACACACAGAGAAGGGGGGUCUGUCUGUCUGUGUGGUGGCGGUGGCGGUGUAGGUAUCAGUUCCUGAAGGGCACAUAUGAGCGUAAGAUCGGUCGUCUCAACACAUCAGCCAACCUCAGUGAGCAAGCGAUUUGGCACUGCACUCAACUCACGCCGCGUCAAUCUGGCAGCACCGAUGACGUAUGUCCGACCGACGCGUGUGCUGUGCGUGCCGUGCAGUAAUGGCGUCCCUAGCGGCUGUGCUGAACCAAUGCAUGACGGGUAAGAAAGAAAAGUCGGGCAUGCCGGCCACUCACUCACAGUAUCUAUCGUGCUGCGCUUGUGCUGAUAUAUGCAGCUCCGCUGGAGGUGGUGACGACCAACUUGCAGACGUCCGACUACACUCUCAUACCGCUCAUCGCCAACAUAUACAAGAAACAGGGUGGGCACAGCGUAAAGACAGACACUCACACGCAAUCAAUCGGACACACACACACACACACAAAGACCACCGGUCUUGUAUUGGUCACGCACUUUGUGUGUGCGUGUGUGUUUCUCUCUGUUUGUUCAUCCAUCAGGUUUGCGUGGUUUCUACCGCGGCUUCCUGGCGUCCAUCGUGCUCUGCUCCAACCCGGCCAUCACAAACGCAGCAUUCGACAGACUCAAGUACUUAAGACACACACACUCCAUCCAUCCAUCCAGCCAUCCAGCCAUCCAUUCAUCCACCGAAACAGACACACACUCAUUGCUGUGUCUGUGUACACCGCAUCCAUCGACUCUCCCUCCCACAUGUGCAGGUUUGCGGUGCAGGUGGUGAUGUUGGUGCGAUUCCAGAGGUUUCGGCAGUACAAGGACGUGUUCCCCGGUGGCGAGGAGGAGGCCAAGAGGGCGGCACGCACACUGGGCCUCACUGCCAUCCCGGCCAUCGUCCACUCCCUCCUCACCAAUACCACGGUACCAAGCGCACCGGGAUCCCUGCCCGCACCAGCGACGAGCGCCGCGAUGACGCCCUCACAACUCGACGAGGUGAGGCGACCUGGGCCUGCGUGGCGGAGGGCUGUGGGUGUGGCGCUCGCUGCAUCAGUCUCAUUUGAUGUGUUCAGGAGCUGCCCGAGCUGACGGCUUUCCAGUCGUUCAUAUUCGGUGCUCUUGCGAAGGCUCUGGCGACCAUCGUCACAUACCCCUACAUCAGAGCAAAGGUGCGCUGACUGAAUGACAGACAAGUGCAGCUACUUGCUUAUCCCUUCCCCCCUCUAUAAUGACGCUCCCUCCCUCAGGUGUUGAUGCAGCAUCGGUCUGGGCAGCGUGCGUGUCGCGACCCUCAGAGCACCAAGGGGUCGGACCCCAACCUGGUCUCCAGCAGCAAUGGCAGCCAGGAGGUCUCGCCGCAAAACCAUGACAGGCGUCCAGAGAGCGGCAGGGAUGGCGUGGAGUCGGAAUCGGCUGACAGCUCGGUCGGUGGGAAAGGACAAGAGACCAGACAGACAGCAGCUCAGUAACUAGUGAAUGGAGUGCAUGAUGCAUUGCAAUGUCUGCAGGCGAACAGGCUGGGUGUGCCACCGCGGCACCACCAGGCCCCGGCCUUCAAUGUCCCACACAGCGACUCAGACGCAGGACUCCGUGAGCAACGCACACACACACAGACACACACACACACACUGACGCCAUGAGACCAGCCCCAAUGUGGCGGUUUGCUCUCUCUCCCCCCGGUUGAUCGAUCAGCUUUCCAGCGCUUUGUCAACCCCCCGACCCCAUCUGAGUUCCUUCGAGACGUGGUGGGUGCGCCAGCCGACCUGUGAGUGGGUUGCGUCUUCAUACACCGUGUGUGUGUGCGUCUUGUUCGGGUCAGGACACCUAUUCCGUGGCGUCCUUCUGCCUGUCUGAAGGAGAACGAGACGUGAGCAGACAUCGCACCAGGACAGGAGGGAGAUGCCCAUCCGAGUAUAUACAUGUGUGUGUGUGUGUGUGUGUUCUCAGAUUGGUGACAGGGAAGAGUAUCUGCAGGCGCCUGGGCCUCUGAGGCUGCAACACAGUGAGCAAUGCACCCCUCGCUCGUAAUGACAGCGUCACCCCGCCACCCACCAACCGACCACAUGAAUGUCUGUGUGUACUUAUACGUGUGUGUGUUGUGCAGUGAACCGCAACCCCUCUUCGGGAAUUGUGGCAGAGGUACGGAACCAACGGACACACAAACUCACGAGACACGACACCAUCUGCAUGCUGUGCAGUCCGUCUAUUUUCUAUGUGAUUAUGUAUGUUAUCUCAGGAGGGCGACGGUGUGGUGAACGUGUUGGUGUCGGUCAUCAUGCAGGAGGGCGUCAUCGGCAUGUACAAGGGGCUCCUCCUGCAGCUCGUCAAGACCGUGCUCGCAUCCGCACUCCUCUACAUGAUCAAAGAAAAACUCCACAGAGCCACCGCAAAGGUACGGGCCACCGACCAACAGAUAGAUGUUCUCUGUGUGCAUUGCAUGGUCGUCAUGGCAUGGCGUCCGUCAGGUUCUGAGGGCAUUGCUGCGGUGCUUCAUGGUGCUGUUCCAGUCCAAGCGGGGCGGCCAGGGGCACAUGCGGGCGAAAAUCGGCCCGUGAGAGAUAGAUAGAUAGAUGUCAAAUCAAUCGCAGCAGCCGUCCAUGCCAUGCCAUGCGACAGAUAAGAUAAGAGCCUGUCGGCCCGUGGGUGGCGGUAGAGUCUGUGUGUGGCUGGGUGGGUGGGUGCGUGUACAGAUGCCACUAACUAUGCAUGGUCGGUCCCUUAUAUGUCCACAUAUGUAUCAGAUGGUGACAGGUAGGCGACAGUAGCCAUGGAUUUGGUGUUGGCCGGCGGUGUCUGUCUGUGAGUUGGUUGAGUGAGGCGUGCGUCUUUUUGUGUUAGUACGCUGGUUCGCUUCGUUCGCAUGACACGUGUGUGUGUGUGUGUGUGCGUGCCAUGCCAUUCACAUCGCGCCUCGGUCUGUCUUAAUGUCUGUCGCGAUGAAUGAAUCAGACAAAGCAGCAUCGAGUCUCCCUCAGACAGGGCAGAAUGUGCAACACACACAUGACCCGGCGAAGUACACCUUGACUGCCGGUCAGAUGAUACAAGUGCAUUGUCAACGAAAGGCAAUGAUCGCGACAUAUGUGUGUGUGAAUGAUGGUAUGUAUGAUGAAUGUUGGC